GUCGUCGAGCGUACUACUUUUACGUUCACGUUUGUUACGGCGUCGGAUGGUGAUCUUGACAUAAUUACUCCCAAGGUUUACCCAUAAUGACACUGAUUCCUCAGAUAAUAUAGACGAUAUUCCAUUUUUAGUCCAGCAGUUCGCAUGUGAAGUGGUGAUACAAAAAAGGAAAAAAAAAAAAAAAACCAGGAUGAAGACUUGGAGGAUUUUUGUAAUCAGCAGCAUUUUUAUAACAGGAUACUGUCAAGAUGUGAAUUUGACUUUUCCCGAACAUUUGAAACUAGGGGUUGCUACCGCGUCUUAUCAGACGGAAGGUGCUUGGAAUGCAAACGACAAAGGAGUAAACGUCUGGGAUUUCUGGACUCACAAAUAUCCAUCCCUGAUCGCAGACGAAAGUAACGGAGAUGUUGCUUGUGACACGUACAAUAAGUAUAAGGAAGAUGUACAGAUAAUCAAGAAUUUGGGAUUCAACUUUUUUAGAUUAUCGAUAAGCUGGUCGAGGAUCCUCCCGUCUGGCUUGGCGAAUGAAAUAAGCAAAGAUGGGAUACAAUACUACAAAAAUUUCAUCACCGAAUUAAUAGCUAACGACAUCGAACCCGUUGUGUCACUUUAUCACUGGGAUCAUCCGCAAGUUAUAGAGGAAAUGGGCGGAUGGACGAACGAAUUGAUCGUCGAUUGGUUCGCCGAUUACGCAAGAAUUAUUUUCACCGAACUCGGACCUUACGUAAAAAUAUUUACCACGAUAAACGAGCCGCAAAUAUUCUGUUCGCAAGGAUACGGCAGCGUCAAGACGGCCCCAGGAAAACUAUUGCAGGAUGUGGGGCCCUAUUUGUGCGGUCACAACGUCUUGAAAGCCCAUGCCAAGGUUUACCACAUGUACGACGAUGAGUUUCGCGCGACCCAGCGAGGUCAGAUUGGAAUGGCACUUUCGGCAAGUUCGCAUUAUCCUUUGGACGCUGACGACAACGUUUCGCCGGAUACCGCAUUCCAAUUCGAAUGCGGUUGGUUCAUGAAUCCAAUAUUCAUCGGGGACUACCCCGAAAUCAUGAAAACUCGGAUCGAUAUGAUCAGCGAACGCCAGGGAUACAGCGAAUCACGAUUACCACGAUUUACACCGGAGUGGAUAGCUUACAUCAAAGGCACCGCCGACUACUUUGGUCUGAACCACUACUCGAGUAAAAUAGUGGAACCGGAUCCUGAAGAGGAAUUCAACGUAUACAACACCGACGAGGGUAUUAUACACACUAGGAAUUCCACCUGGUCUAUGUCGGCUACUAGCUGGUUAUGGGUGGUACCGGAGGGAUUCGGUAACGUAUUGCGAAAGAUAAAAAACGAUUACGGUGACCCCACGAUAUUCGUUCUUGAAAAUGGAUAUUCCGACGAAGGAGAGUUGGACGAUUACCAUAGGAUAGAAUACUAUUAUUCCUACUUGAAAGAAUUAUUAAUAGCCGUCAACCGCGAUGGCUGCAAAGUAGAACGUUACGCCGUAUGGAGUAUUUUAGACAACUUUGAAUGGAGCGAAGGUUACACAAAAAAAUUCGGAAUCAUUGGAGUGGACUUUGACAACCCCUCGAGGAAUAGAACGUAUAAAUUGUCCGCAAAAUGGUGGGAAAAAGUACUCCAUACUCGUACUCUUCUAGAAGUACCCAGAAGUAGUGCACCGAACAAUUACACCUGGUCUUUUAUGAUCACAGCUUGUUGCAUUAUGUCUGUUUUCAACUACUUCCACAUUUUUCGCUAAUUUACAAGCAGUAUUCUUCUGCAGUGUUUAUCGUUUAUAACAUUUUCCGCUCAAUUGUACGCACAUUAUUUUCUGAGUAAAACCUGGAGAACCUUUUGCAGUCAUCAAAAGGUGCAAGUGAAAAACAAAUAUCUAAUUGUACAACUGAAAUACUGAAAUACAAAUGAAAAUUAUAGCGAUUA